AUGGCUCUGCCAAUCAUUCACAUCAACGGCUUCCCAGGACAAGGCAAGCUCACCAUCGCCCGGAAGCUUGUCGUACUUCUGAAGUCGUAUAACGGCAAGCUUGUUCACAACCACCUUCUCAUCGAUCCUGUCGGCGCUAUCCUACCACGUUCCAGCCCUGACUAUCAGCCGACACGAAGCGCAGUUCGGUCUGUCAUUUUCGAUGCGCUGGCAGUCUCACGGGACACAAUGGGGUCCGUCUACGUCUUCACUGACUUUCAGUCCAACAAUGAUAUCGGGCGUACGGUCAUGGCUGAGUACUGCAACAUGGCAGCUCGCCGGGGCUGCACAUUUUUGCCAAUUACAGUCACCUGCAGCAAGGAGGAGAAUCUGCGACGGCUGUCGUCAUCAGAGCGGGUGCUGCACGAAAAGUUGACAGACACAGCGCUCGUGGCGUAUCUGCGCGAUAACGCCGUUACUUACCAGUGGUCAGAUGAUCCUUUACACAUGGAGAUUGAUGUUACGGAGUUGGAAGCUGAUGCGGUCGCACGGAUCAUAUAUGAGCAUACUCUGAAGGUUUGCAAAGAGCUGCAUAGUUAG